AUGGGUAUCAGUGGGACUAGCAGCAUAGGUAGCAUAGGGAUGAGUGGGCUUAACAGCAUCGGUAGCAUGGGUAGUAGUGGUGCUAUCAACAGCAUGGGCAGCAUGGGUAGCAUGAGCAUGAGCGGACCUAACACCCUGAAUAAUAGCAUGUCCGCUUCUAGCAGCUUAGGUAACAGCAGCAGCAGCAUGGGUGCACUGAACAGCCUCAGUGCUCUCUUCGCCUCGUCCUCCCUCCCUACAGUCACACAGCCUCCAGCGUCCCUCCUGGCCAAGCUAGCCCAUGCAGGUGUGCCGCUAGCAGGUGUGCUUCAAACGGGGCUCUCCCAGUCCGUCCUCACCCAAACCAGCGUUCCUGUAACGAGCACCCCGUCAGCAGUAGGAGGGGGAGCAGGAGGAGGGGCAGGAGGAGGAGCAGGAGGAGGAGCAGGAGGAGGAGCAGGAGGAGGAGCAGGAGGAGGGGCAGGAGGAGGAGCAGGAGGAGGAGCAGGAGGAGGUGCAGGAGGAGGUGCAAGGAGCAGCCGAGGCGGAAAUAUCCCCCCUCUCACCGGCUCUCCUGCUCCCCCGCUCCCCUUUCGCCCGUUCUUUCGAGGGGCAGGCUUUAACCCGGCUGCAGCUGCAAGCUCAGGAGCGAAUGCUGCCAGCGGUGCUGCAAGCGCAGGAGCGAAUGCUGCCAGCAGUGGUCAGAACCUGACACAUUCCCUGCAGGCUCUUCUUCAGAAGCAGCACCUGCCAAUACCUGGUGUCACACAGCCAUUAGCCGCCGUUGCUGCAGCUGCCGCCGCCGCCGCCGCCGGUGCUGCUGGUGCUGGUGUUGGUGCUGCUGGUGGUGCUGCAGGUGCUGGUGAUGGUGGUGCUGCUGCUGGUGGUAGCAAGGGCAGCAGUGCCGCCACUGCUCCUGCUGCUGCUGCUUCCACUGCUUCAGCGGCAGCGCCUAUGGGUCCGAGAAACGAGCCCACUAGGGUACAGUCGCCAUGGGCUCAGGGAAAGUCGGCUCAGCAGCAACUCUCAUCCCUGCAACAGCAGCAGCAGCAGCAGCAGCAGCAGGGAAAGUUUGCACAGCCACAACAUCAGCAGCAUCAGCAGCAUCAGCAGCAUCAGCAGCAUCAGCUGCAACACCCACAGCAAGCGCCGCAGCUCUCUGCUGCCUUCCCCAUACCCCGCCGCGGAUCAAACCCUUCCCUCUCCGCCCACCCCUCCCUCUCCGCCCACCCCUCCGCCCACCCCUCCCUGCAAAAAACCCCUCUUUCCCGCCCUGCGUCUGGCCCUGACCUCCAUAACCCCCCUCUCCCCUCCUCUCUCCCCUCUAUCGCCUCUCUCCCGUCUCUCCCCUCUAUUCCUUCUCUCCCCUCGUUUGUGUCACGGCAUGAUAUGAAUCAGCCCCCUCCUGCUGCUCCGGGCAUGCCUCCUGUUGCUGCACCUCCUGUUACUGUCACGUCCUCUCUUGCUGCUCCCUCUGCUGUUCCUUCUUCUGCUGCUGCUGCUCCUCACAUUGCUGCUUCUCCUUCUAUUCCUGCCGCCCCUGCUUCUGCUGCUGCUGCAGUGGCAGUGGCAGUGGCAGCUAAACCCGCCUCCUUAAUCGCCGAUCUAAAUCAGGAACAGAUAGCACCUCCCCCAGUUAACACCUCGCCAAAUGCCUCUCCGAAAGCGCAGGAAAAGUCGGAGAAAGGGGGCGGUGGUGGGGAUUCGGGAGGAGGAGGAGGGGGACGGGGAUGGCUAGAUUUGGAUUUAAAUGCUGGCCCGGAGGCAGGGGGGGAGGAGGAGGCGGAGGGGGAAGAACAUGGGGAGAUGGGGGAAAAGGAAGAGGUCAGGAGAAAGGGAGAGGUGGGGGGGAAGGGAGAGGCGGAGGGGAAGGGAGAGGCGGAGGGGAAGGGGGAGUUGGGGGGGAAAGGGGAAGCACGAGGAAGAGAGGAGGUGGGGGGAGGCGAGAAGGCAGUCGAGGGGGGAGAGCGACAGCAGCAGGUGGAGAAGCUGGGAGGGCCUUUGGCAGAGGAGGGGAGUGGGAAAGUAGCACCAGCAGCAAGAGAAGAUUCGGUUUCGGGUGGUGGGGUGGGUAUAGGGAGGAUUGAAGAAGGGUCGAACAGAGUGCAAGAGCAGGUCACUAAAGCAGAGCUUGUGGGGAGUGCUGCUGCUGGCAGGAUAGGCAAUUAUGGGAGAAACGCACCGGUGCAGCUGGAGCAGGAGGAGCAGAAGGAGCUUCACAAGCAGUUGGAAGGAGCUAAAGCUGCGGCUGGCACGGUGGGCAGUUGUGAGAGAAACGCACCGGUGCGGGUGGAGCAGAAGGAGCUUCACAAGCAGUUGGCAGCAGCUAAAGCUGUGGCUGGUUUUGAAGCCACUGUAGCAGCGGUGCACGCAGUGACACCUCAGCUUGCCCCUCAACUUGCCCCCCAGGUCGGCUCUCAGGUCGCCGUCGCCUUUCAGGUUGCGUUUCAGGUGGAUCCACGGUUAUCUCAGGAGCAGGUGGGGACUGCGAGCGAGGGGGGGCGCAAGAGAAAGGCACCUGAGGAUGGGUUGGAGGAGGGAGUGGAUGCUCCUCAGGUUGUUUCUCAGGUGGGUCCUCAGGCAGCUCAGGAGCAGGUGGGCGCUGCGGGCGUGGGGGGGCGCAAGAGAAAGGCCAAUGAGGAUGGGUUGGAGGAUAGAGUGGAUGCGAAGAGGAGGGAAGAGGAGAGAGGGGAACAGAAGAAGAAAGAGGAGGAAGGGGAGGGGGAGAAGGAGAAGGAGAGGGAGGAGGAUAAGGAGGAGAGGGAGAAGGAGAUGGAAAUUGAGUUGUUGAAAAGGCCACUGCCAGUUGCCCAGGCGUCUCAGGCUGUAGCGCAGCAGGCUGUUGCAGGGGAGGCUGUAGCACCACUGGUUGCACCACUGGUUGUAGCAGAGGAGGCUGUAGCACUGCAGACUGUAAUACAACAGGCAGCACCACAGGCUGUAGUAUCACAGGCCGCAGCACCGCAGGCUGUUGCACCACAUACUGUAGCUCAACAUGCUGUAGCACCACCGGCUGUAGCACAGGCGGUUGUGGUACAGGGGGCUGCACCACGGGCUGUAGCACCACAGGCUGUAGCGCCACAGGCUGUAGCACCACAGGCUGUAGCGCCACAGGCUGUAGCACCACAGGCUGUAGCACCACAGUCUGUAGCACCACAGUCUGUAGCACCACAGGGUGUAGCACCACAGACUGUAGCACCACAGGGUGUAGCACCACAGACUGUAGCACCACAGGCUGUAGCACCACAGUCUGUAGCACCACAGGGUGUAGCACCACAGUCUGUAGCACCACAGGGUGUAGCACCACAGACUGUAGCACCACAGGGUGUAGCACCACAGGCUGUAGCACCACAGGCUGUAGCACCACAGGCCGCCGUAGCACAGGAGAUUGUAGCAGAACAGACUGGAGAGGGGGCUGUUGCAGAGAAGGUUGCAGAGGGGGCUGUAGCAGAGACGGCAGUUGAGGGGCCUAAGGUUGCAGAGGGGGCUGUAGCAGAGACGGCAGUUGAGGGGCCUAAGGUUGCAGAGGGGGCUGUAGCAGAGAAGUUUGUUGAAAAGGCUGUAGCAGAGAAGUCUGUUGAAAAGGCUGUAGCAGAGAAGGCUGUUGAAAAGGCUGUAGCAGAGAAGGCUGUUGAGAAGGCUGUAGCAGAGAAGGCUGUUGAGGAAGUGAAAUUGUCAGGACGGAAGCGAGUAUGGCUAGACCUGGAGGAGCCGGCGAAGGGGUUGGAGGAACCAGCUAAGGGGUUGGAGGAACCGGCUAAGGGGUUGGAGGAACCGGCUAAAGGGUUGGAGGAACCGGCUAAGGGGUUGGAGGAACCGGCUAAGGGGUUGGAGGAACUGGCUAAGGGGUUGGAGGAACCGGCUAAGGGGUUGGAGGAACCGGCUAAGGGGUUGGAGGAACCGGCUAAGGGGUUGGAGGAACCGGCUAAGGGGUUGGAGGAACCGGCUAAGGGUUUAGAGGAACCGGCUAAGGGGUUGGAGGAGGAAUGUGGAAUGGUCGGGGGAAGGGAGGAGAAAAUAGAGGAGGUGAGUGGAGGGAAGGAGGAGAGGAUAGAGAAGGAGACAGUUGGAAAAGAGACAAUGGGAAGUGAAGAGAAUGGAACAGUAUGGAAGGCGGAGAGGGGAGAGGAGAAGAGGAAAGCGCAGGAAGAGAGGGAAGAGAAGCAGGAGAAGGGAGAGAAGGGGAGGGGAGGGGAGGAAGAGAGCGGAGUGAAGGAGGAGACAGUAGGAAAGAAGGAGAGGGGAGGGGAGGAAACAUUAGGGAAGGAGGAGAAGGGAGAAAAGGAGGAGACAGUAGGAAAGGAAGAGAGGAGAGGAAAUGAGGAGGGGGGAGAGGAGAGGGUACAUGCAAAUGUGAAGGGAGAAGGAAAGGGAGAAGAGAAGGGAGAACAUGGAAUGACUAAAGUCGUGGUGAGUGGAGUUGGGGAGAGGGGAGAGGGGAGUGAAGGCGAGAAGAGGAGAGAGGAUGAAGAGUGUGGGGAGAGGACAGAGGGGAAAGAGAGUGGGGAGAGGGCAGAGCGGAAAGAGAGUGGAGAGAGGGCAGAGCGGGAAGAGAGCGGGAAGAGUAAAGAUUGGGUUGAAGUUGGGGAGAAUAAAACGGGGGGAGAAGGUCCGGAUAGGACUGAAGAAGAGAGCGGGGGAGAGGGUGGGGAGAGAAGAGAAGUGGAAGAGAGUGGGGAGAGGAGAGAGGGAGGAGAGAGCAAAGAGGGGAGAGGGGGUACUGUGGAGGCUUCUCAGGUUGAGAGGGUGGUUUUUGGGGAGGAGAAGGAGCAGGUGGGUGGGGAGAGGGCAGCGAGGGAUUCAGGGCAAGAGUUUCCUGAGGCUCUAGUGGAGAGAAUCGGCGGGGAUAGUGUGAUGGUUGCACGGGCUGGGGCGGAGGAAGUGAAAGCAGGGGGGGAGAAGGAGCAGGUGGUUGGGGAGAGGGCAGCCUGUGAUUCAGGGACAGAGAUUCCUGAGGCUUUGGAGGGAAGUGCUGGUGGGGGUGGUGUGGUUGUUGCACGGGUGGGGGUUCCGGUGGGGGGGAAGACGGGGGGGAGGAAAGCAGGGGAGGAGGAAACAAGGGAGGAGAAAACCGGGCAGGAGAAAAAAGGGGAGGCGAAAGCAGGGGGGGAGGAGUCAGGCCAGGUGAAAACACGGGGGGUGAAAGCAGGUGGGGAGGAGUCAGGCCAGGUGAAAACACGGGGGGUGAAAGCAGGGGAGGAGGAGAAGGGGGAAGGGAAGGAGAAUGUAGGGGAGGAGAAAACAAGGGAGGCAAAAGCAGGGGGGGAGGAAAGAGAGAAGAAGGGAGGGAAGGAGAACAUAGGGGAGAAGAAGGAAAAGGGAUUAUCUGAGGGAAAAGUGGGAGCACCAGCAGGGACAAAAGAAUCUGAGAAGAUCAGCGGGAAGGAGAGUGUUGCAGGGAAGGAAGAGAAAGGAAGGGAAGAGAGCCAAGUGGAGGAGAGAAGGGAGGGAGAGGAGCUGAAAGAGGUGGAGGAUGGAAGCAAGGGAGAGGUAGAAAUGGAGGUGGAGGGAAGGGAAGGAUUGGGAGAAAAAGAGUUGGAAGGAGAAGGGAAGGCAGCAGAGGUGGAGGGGGCCAGGGAGCAGAGAUGGUUGAUGGAGAUGGGUUUAGGCUUCGGUGCUUCUGCCCCUCCUGCUGCUCCUCCUGCUGCCCCUCCUGCUGCUCCUCCUGCUGCCCCUCCUGCUGCUCCUCCUGCUGCCCCUCCUGCUGCCCCUCCUGCUGCCCCUCCUGCUGCCCCUCCUGCUGCUCCUCCUGCUGCCUCUCCUGCUGCCCCUCCUGCUGCUCCUCCUGCUGCCCCUCCUGCUGCUCCUCCUGCUGCCCCUCCUGCUGCUCCUCCUGCUGCCCCUCCUGCUGCCCCUCCUGCUGCCCCUCCUGCUGCUCCUCCUGCUGCCUCUCCUGCUGCCCCUCCUGCUGCCCCUCCUGCUGCUCCUCCUGCUGCCCCUCCUGCUGCCCCUCCUGCUGCUCCUCCUGCUGCCUCUCCUGCUGCCCCUCCUGCUGCUCCUCCUGCUGCCCCUCCUGCUGCCCCUCCUGCUGCCCCUCCUGCUGCUCCUCCUGCUGCCUCUCCUGCUGCCCCUCCUGCUGCUCCUCCUGCUGCUCCUCCUGCUGCCCCUCCUGCUGCCCCUCCUGCUGCCCCUCCUGCUGCUCCUCCUGCUGCCUCUCCUGCUGCCCCUCCUGCUGCUCCUCCUGCUGCCCCUCCUGCUGCUCCUCCUGCUGCCCCUCCUGCUGCUCCUCCUGCUGCCCCUCCUGCUGCCCCUCCUGCUGCCCCUCCUGCUGCUCCUCCUGCUGCCUCUCCUGCUGCCCCUCCUGCUGCCCCUCCUGCUGCUCCUCCUGCUGCCCCUCCUGCUGCCCCUCCUGCUGCUCCUCCUGCUGCCUCUCCUGCUGCCCCUCCUGCUGCUCCUCCUGCUGCCCCUCCUGCUGCCCCUCCUGCUGCCCCUCCUGCUGCUCCUCCUGCUGCCUCUCCUGCUGCCCCUCCUGCUGCUCCUCCUGCUGCUCCUCCUGCUGCCCCUCCUGCUGCUCCUGCUGCCCCUCCUGCUGCUCCUCCUGCUGCCUCUCCUGCUGCCCCUCCUGCUGCCCCUCCUGCUGCUCCUCCUGCUGCCUCUCCUGCUGCCCCUCCUGCUGCUCCUCCUGCUGCCCCUCCUGCUGCCCCUCCUGCUGCCCCUCCUGCUGCCCCUCCUACUACCCCUCCUGCAGCCCCUCCGGCUGCUCCUCCUGCAGCCCCUCCUGCUGCCCCUCUUGCUGCCCCUCUUGCUGCCCCUCCUGCUGCCCCUCCUGCUGCCCCUCCUGCUGCUGCGCCGGCUGCUGCUGCUCCUUCACCUGAAGCUGCUGCUCUUGCUCCUGCUGCUGCUUCUGCUUCUGCUGCUGCGUCUUCUCCUGCUUCUAUUUCUGCCCCUGUUGCCGUCUCUGGUUCUGCCCCUGCCGCUCCCGCUGCUGUGUCUGCUCCGCCUGCUGGUUCUGCUCCGCCUGCUGUGUCUGCUCCUCCUGCUGCUCCUGCUGCUCCUGCUGCUCCUGCUCCUGCUCCUGCUUCUGCUCCUGCUCCCGCUCCUGCUCCUGCUCCUGCACCUGCUGCUUCUGCUUCUGCUCCUGCUCCUGCUCCUGCUCCUGCUCCUGCUCUUGCUCCUGCUCCUGCUCCUGCUCCUGCUCCUGCUCCUGCUCCUGCUCCUGCUCCUGCUCCUGCUCCUGCUGCUUCUACUUCUGCUCCACCUUCUGCUUUUGCGCUCCCUGCUGCUUCUGCUCUCCCCGCUCUAGCUCCUACUGCUGGUGUGAAGGGAGAAGCAGGGAAGGAGGGUGCGGCACAGCUGGACUCAGAACAGGCGGGUUCAUCUGAAAAGGAGUAUACCGGUAGCAAGAUGGCUGCAUCUGAUGCGGUGAUUGAAGCUGUGAACGAGGCUGGAGGUGUGAAGGGAGAAGCAGGGAAGGAGGGUGCGGCGCAGCUUGAUACUGAACAGGCAGGUUCAUCUGAGAAGGGGUCUGGUGGGAACCAGAUGACUGCAGCAGUGCGAGUGGAUGAAGCCGCGAAGAUGGCUGGAGGUGUGAGGAGAGAAGCAGCAGAGGAAAGUGCGAAACAGCCUGACCCAGAACAGGCGGGUUCAUCAGCGGAAGAGCCUGUAGGUGGGAAGCUGGUUGCAGCAGUGCGAGAAGGGGGAACAGAAGCAGCAGCAGGAGGUGCGAAGGUGGUUGGAGGUGCGAGGAUGGAUGGAGGGGAGAAGGGAGAAGUAGGGAAGGAAGGUGCUAUACAGCCUGAUUCAGACCAGGCGGGCUUAUUAGCGGAAGAGCCUGUAGGUGGGAAGCUGGUUGCAGCAGCGGGAGAAGGUGGAGAUGGGAAAGUGGUUGGACCAGAGAAGGUGGUUGGGGUUGUGAAGGGAGAAGCAGGAGGGAAGAAAGGUGCGGAACAGCUGGAAUCAGAACAGGCAAGUUUAUCUACAGCGGGGAUGGUGGUUGCAUUUGAUGUGGUGAUUGGAGCUGUGAAGGAGGCUGAAGGUGCGAAGGGAGAAGCAGGGAAGGGGGAGGGUGCAAAACAACUUGCCUCAAAACUGGCAGGUUCAUCUGAAAAGGAGCAUGCAGCUGCAAAGGUGGUUGCAUCUGAUGUGGUGAUUGGACCUGUGAAGGAGGCUGGAGGUGCAAAGGGAGAAGCAGGGAAGGGGGAGGGUGCUUCUCAGCUGCCCUUCAAACAGGCAGGUUCGGUGCCUGGUGCUGGAAAGGUGGUUGCAGCAGUGCAGGGCGGAACAGAAACAGCAGCAGCAGGAGGUGCGACAACGGUUGGAGGUGAAAAGGAAGAAGCUGGGAAGGAAGGGUCGUCACAACUGUGCGCAGAACAGGCGGGUUCAUCUGAGAAAAGGCCUGCAGGUGCGGAGGCGAUUGUUAUGGUCAGAGGAGGAGGAGCUGAGGAGGUUGCUGGAAGUGUGGAGGAGAGUGCAUCUGAGAAAGCACCUGAAAAAGCACCUGAAGGAGCACCUGCAGUUGGGAGGGAAGAUGCAGCUGGUAAGGAGAAGGUCUCUGGACAGGCACCUGAAAAGACACCUGCACCUGAGGAACGACCUGAGCCUGAGACUCAGUCGGUGCCUGUAAAGCAGCUGGUGCAGGAGAAAGAAGCUCAGUCCUCUUGCGCAUCUACUCCUGAGAAAACACCUGAAGCUGACGAGGGUAAGACACCUGAGAUUCUACCUGAAGAAUCUCCUGAGUCUGUGCAACCACCUGAACCUGUGGAGCAAGCUGAGCCUGUAAAGUCACCUGAGGAAAAGGCACCUGAGGAAAAGGCACCUGAGAGAAAUGUACCUGAGGGGAAGGCACCUGGGGAGAAGGCACCUGGGGAGAAGGCACCUGAAGAGAAGGCACCCGAGGAGAAGGCACCUGAGGAAAAGGCACCUGAGGAAAAGGCACCUGAGGGGAAGGCACCUGAGAGAAAGGUACCUGAGGAAAAGGCACCUGAGGAGAAGGCACCUGAAGAGAAGGCACCCGAGGAGAAGGCACCUGAGAAGAAGUCUCCUGGGGUGAUGGCACCUGAGGAGAAGGCACCUGAGGUGAAGGCACCUGAGGAGAAGGCACCUGAGGAGAAGGCACCCGAGGAGAAGGCUCCUGGGGUGAAGGCACCUGGGGAGAAGGCACCUAAGGAGAAGGCACCUGAGGAGAAGGCACCUGAGGAGAAGGCACCUGAGGAGAAGGCACCUGAGGAGAAGGCACCUGAGGAGAAGGCACCCGAGGAGAAGGCACCUGAGGAGAAGGCUACUGGGGUGAAGGCACCUGAGGAGAAGGCACCUGGGGUGAAGGCACCUGGGGAGAAGGCACCUGAGGAGAAGGCACCUGAGGAGAAGGCACCCGAGGUGAAGGCUCCUGGGGUGAAGGCACCUGAGGAUAAGGCACUUGAGGAGAAGGCACCUGGGGAGAAGGCACCUGGGGAGAAGGCACCUGGGGAGAAGGCACCUGGGGAGAAGGCACCUGGGGAGAACUAA